AUGGCGAUGGGCUCGUUAGUAUUGCUGACCGACAUUCGCUCCGCUUACUUGGCAGGCUACAAUGCAGCUCAGCGAUCUGGUGAAGAGAUUCUCAGUCCCAUCCGUGGCGCCAUAGACAGAACCAAGACGACGGCAGUAAGCAAGGACGCGCGGCAGCGCCUCGAGGAACACCUCAGAUUGCUUUGCACCACGAUUUGUAUCUCUGGUGAAGAGUACGUGAGAACAUUUCCCGCGAACCUCUACGUGCCGUUGCUGACGGAAAUCUUAACGGCUGCCAACGUGGCGCAGAGAAGCGACGGCUACGUCAUGAACCCCUUGUCACUGGAAGCGUGCGCCAGCGACGCGCCAUCCUCCUUUAGCAUUGCGAUCCAGUCAUUGCACAAGGAGGGGGUAAGGAGUCGCUCGAAUAAGCUCUUGUCUUCGUGCAUGCCGUCUCUGGGCAUGCAGACCGCAUCGCCCGUGGCAGUUUUUGCUCUACGAGCACUGGCGCUCAUUGCGGACAUGGUGCCCAGCGGAAGCUUUGCGUUCUGCCCUAGCCGAAGCAAGGGGACCAUCGCAACUUUGGCCCUGUAUCUCAGCGAUCCGGAAUUCCUAGUCGUCAAUGAAGACCUUGCUGAGGAACUGCUCAAAUGCUUUCUGUACGUCUCCAUGCUAACGUACGACGCCUGCCUUGACGCGGGGGUGCCUGCGCGUAUCGUAGAACUGCUGCUGGCCUUGGAGCCCCACCACCUGCGCGUUCUGUGUGUCCAAGUGGCGUCGAACCUCCUUGCACGCGCGCGGGAGUCGGACUUGGAGGGGGUGUGGGCACCGGUGAUGGCAAAGUUGCUCGAGUCGUUCGACAGCUUCCUCCUCGAAGGCUCGUUUCGCCUAAGCGCACCCGAGACAACUCACCAGGUGGCGACAGAUGUCUCCCAUACGCCAACAGCGGCGACAGCAGCUGCUACCACGGUAUUCACGACGCCCACCGCUGCGCGCUCGCUCACACGCAGGGAGUUGACGCUGCUGCAACACUACAUGGAGGCGAUUGCGCAUGCCGUCGACCGUCUCUUUGUUGGCGUUGCCGCGAUGAAGGCGCACAUGAAGCUGCUGGAUCACAUGAUCGGAGUGUGCGUGCAGGUGCUGCAACUCUCUCUGAACAUUAUACCAGCCACGUGCGGCGAGUGGCUCCGCUCCGUCGCCCUCUCACCGAUUCUCACCUUUUAUCUUACCAAUCCGUCGUUUGCCGUGCCGGUGUUGCUGCAGCUACACGUCUGGGAAGCCGUUUGCGGCUGCAUGCUAACGCUCGUGGAGCGGCGGUUGGUGGCGACCGGAGCCUCCGGCGCAGCUGCUGGCGUUAGCGCGCUUGAGAGUGAGGUAGCGGGAGGUGCACCAGAUGACAGCGCUGCCAUGCAGGGCAAUAUCUCUGCGCACACCACCUCGUCUUCGGCGGCAUCAUCAACGUCGCUGCCAUCAAAUGCGCAGCCAGGCAGCGGCGCGGAUGGCAGUAGCAAUGCGGUGGCAGAUGCGACGCGGUCCAGCGUGGCCAGGGGUGGGGGCCCCGCUCUGACAACAGGCCCGGUGCUGACAACAGAUGUGACCACGAUUCCCUUCAUCGCCGAUGAACUACGGCUGCUCCCGCUGUUGGAAUUUUUGCUAGUGCUGCUCCCAUGCGCUCGCCGCGGGCAUUCUCACACAGACUUUCGCCACAUGACCCUCCCGUACUUCGGCUGGACAUGGGAGGACGACUUUCACAACGAGACCGAGUGCAACGAGGCACUGUCGAGGCGGCUCGAGCGCGUUUAUCAGCAGACGCGCGGCUGCCGAAAGCACGAACUCUUCGCAAUAACACACGGAAAGCAGCGCGUCUUUUACACCGAUUUCCUGAGCAAGUCGUACGUGAGCGAGCGGCGGGAGCGCCACUGUCUGCACCGCAAGCCCCUUCUGACGGGUUACGUGCAUGGCACGCAAGACGCGCUGCUGCGCGGCUGCACGUGCUGCGCUUCUGAGCCGGCCCCCCGCUUCUCAACCUGGGUGAACCGCAACUCCAUGCGACUUUACACGACAGACACCGAGGCCGGCGCCCAUCGCGGGGGGUCCCCUUCUCCCUCUUCUUACUCCUCUUCCUCCUACGGCGACGCAGCGGACGAGGAGAAUGGUUCACAGGCACCAGGCUCAGCACCGCAGGCGUCCGCAAUGGCGCGGGCCUCCUCAUCUCCGUCGCUGCGCCGGAACAGCGCCAGAGAUAGGGGAAGGGGAUAUGAUUCAUCAUCCUCAUCCCCAUCCCUCCACCGGCGUCACCGUAUAAACACGCUGCAAAUGCCCGACGUUCACGCUAGUGACGCCGACGAUGGGGGCAGAAACCGCGACACUGCCACACGCCCGUCGGCAAAUCGGCGGUUGAGAGGCUCAGGCACCACCCACGAGGGCAGCGGAGAUGCGGCCAUUCUGCACCACGGCAACCGCCUUCCUCGCGCCACAUCCAGCGAGGGGGACGAAGUGGAUGUAGAUGGCGAGGACUACUACAGCAGUAUGAACGGACACCAGGACGAGUUGCAGCAGCGCAACCCGCGCCGCCGCCGCGGUGGGCUAGGCUUCCUACUGUGCAGGUGCGACAGGGACACCACGGCAAGCUCUCAGGGCCGCAGCCGGCAGAUGCACAUGGGAGCCUAUCUUCCUGAUACCCCGCCCUUUUCCCACUACCGCAAUGACUCGCUCGCGAUUACGGUGCUGCCGAUGGAGGCAGUGCUGGAGAGCCCCGGGGAGCGACUGCAGGCCGACCCGUCGACCCGCAAAUCCUUUCUUGGCAAAGGCGUCCUUUCAAGCAUGCUGGUGACCGUUGUGCCGGCACUGCUCAGCGUGCUGGACAAUUGCGUGAACCCGGUCGUGGCGCGGCACAGCGUAACACUGUUACUGCGGUGUCUCUCCCUCAGUGCCGACUUACGAGCCCAGGUGACAGGCAAGUCGAUCGAGCUCUUCACAGGCAGCGGCUCGGGAGAGGAGGCGACCGUUGCGGCGACAGCGUCGGAGGCGAGCGAGAAAAGUAGGUGGCGGCACAUGUCGUUUCGUAAAUGGAUCACCGGCGGAAGUGGCAGCAAGCCAAGGCGGUGGCAGCGCGCGGAGUGGGAGGCGACGCAGGCGGCACUGCAGCGACUUGUCCCUUCCCUACGCGAAGUCUUGGUGAGCCUGUACAUCGCAGACGGCGUGAACAUUGUGGCGGAGCGGCAGGAAACAUUUGGGUACAUGCGCGACGACCUUUUGAUGGCGGACGAGUUGGCCAGAGUCGGACUGUCAACCGAUUUUUUCGACUUCCAGUUGGCCUUGCCGUCCGAGCUGCACACGUGCACGGCUGACGCGAUUGCGCUCCUGCUCCGCCUCCUUCCCAGUGCUAAGCCGACGGCGUGCGCAGCGUCGUCUCCCCAAUCGAAGGCGGUCAAAAAGUCCAGGAAGACGAGCAGCCUUCACGGGCCACCACGACACCCCAUCGGUGGCGAUACAGAUUCUGGCGUGCAACCAUGGCCGACGCAAUCGAUGUCCUCGUUGGACUCAAGCACGAAGGAGUCCGCGGCUGACCAGCCAACGCCAUUAGCCGACCCGGCAGCUCUUCAGCGGCAGCAUUCACCGGACCUAAGCACCACGGUAGCUUCUCUGGCGUUAUCAAGGACCUCGACGUUCCAGCGCGGGACUUCGGUCGCGCAGGGAGGGCAAGCACACGCCAAGAAGUCGUCGUCGUCACCGACCCAGUGCCCCACACUCGCGCAGCAGCAAGGCAGCAGCGAUGCAAACGCGGCCAAUAGUCAGCCACCACCUCUCUUAUCUCCGACGCCGCUCUCGCGAGUCUCCACCAUGUCGCUCUCACUUUCUGCCAACGAGAGCUACUCGGCCAGCGUGAACACAGUACAAGAUCGCCUUUCCAAGGCAUCUCCGGCAGACAGCCGCGGCGUCGGAUGCACUGGUAUUUUUACUCUGCAUCAGAGUACGCUCCUCGUCAGCUAUGCCAGUCAGAUCGUUCGCCGAUCUGUGAAGGCCUGCGCUGCGGCGCAGCAGAUUCACGAUUCGAUGAAUCAAAAAAUAUUCUACACACGCGUCGUGAUCGGCUCCCCGGAGCCGGGCGAUGGCGGCGCGCUGCAGCUACAGUCCAGAGAGCUUACCUUGCGUGUCUUUCCCGACUCCAGUUGUCCGUACCACUCCACUUUCCUUGCCUGCACCGAGAGGUUUUUCGAUGCCUCGCAGGCUCUGCUAGUGGCCCUGCUCGCUGCGGGAGCGUCACUGCCGGCCACGUCCGGGGCAACCGCAGCGACGUCACGGGGCCUGUUGACGCAGCCGGCCACGGCUGUGUUCUCGCCUGCUGUCGUCGCGGCGGUCCCGUCGGCGGCGGCGUCACGCCUUCAACGGUCGCAGCCGGGCCGACAGGGGACCUCUGCUUGUGUGACGGCGCAGUCCGCUGAGAGUGCAGGCACCUCGGCACCUGUGCAGAGCCAAGCGCCGUCGCAGUCAAAGGGAGGGAAGGAGGAGUUCUCAAUCGGCGUCGAGCUACCUGUCAUUCCGGCGACGGUAAACGCGGGUGCGAUGCAGGAGGCGAUCAAUUGCGCCAUGGAGGACAACAUGGGCCCCUAUCGCCGCCUACCGCCUGCGCUGCGCGGCUUACUGGGCUUCUAUGACUACUGCAAGCAGUGCAACAUCGAACUUCGUGCCGCUGUUGUCGAGACGCCAGAGAUUCUAGGUGAAAUCGCCACACAUUUGGAGAAGUGGCUGACGUCCCGUGCGCGGCAGCGCGAGGAUGUCGAGUGCUCUAACGCUAGCUUAGCACUUUCCCUCUACAUGUCGAACAACUCGUUAGACUCGAGCAGCAGCCGUGGCGUUGAUGCGCUACUGGCGAGCCAACAGCACCUGCGUCUCGGCAGCGCCGCUCGCGGCAAGCUGCUCUGCCUGACGGCUGACUUUGCCACAACGAUUGGGCGUGAUCUCGGCCUCGCCACACUGGACCUCGCUCCAUCGGUGGUGAUGAAACAGCCCUGCAGCUUUCAGAAACGGGCAAAGCGCUUCAAGACGUUUGACGCGGUUCGCUUCCUCGUAUGGCGGCCUCUCAGCAUUUUCCUUGACCUACGGUCCCCAACGACCGCAAAACAGCUGCAGAGUGGCAGUCUUAGUGCUGCCGAUGCUGCCUCCGUGACAUGGGGAGAGACGACGGAAGCCGAAAAGUCUGUGGUGAUGGUGGGCUGCACAGAACUGCGCGUUGUCACAGGUGUGAAGCUGCGCGACCCAAUGAUGUCGGUGCUCCCGACCACCACGAUGGGCGUGCUGGCCGAGGCAGUGGCCGCGCAGGUGCAGCUGCCGCCGGUCUCCGUCUUCUCGCCAAGUUUCACUCUCAAGUCCUCGCAGCAGUCGCCAUCCCCGCGACCGCUGCGCGCAUCACAGGAGCUUCAAAGCCUGUCCGAGUCAGAUUCAGGGAUUGGGGGAGCCGGGUCGCCGUGCCUCACGAGCCAAAACCGCUUUGAAGAGCCCCGCCUUGACGCAACUGCGACGGCGACGACGGCGUCCGCAACGGAGCCGCCCGUCUCUGCUGACCGCAUUCUGUUUUUCUUGAAUGAUACACCACUGUUUUCACCAAUGACGACGUUGCUCGACGCGUUGACCGCCUUCGCCGUCAGCGGUGCUAGCCUGCGUGACCUCGUCGAGAGACCGCGGCGCUCGUCGGAAUCUGUGGACGCACACAGCUCCAUGGUCUCGGCGACGCUGCCGACGCUGCCAUUUUGGACGGUGACCCAUGUGCUUGAGUAUGUUGUGCUAGCGGAGCCGCUGCCAGCGCCGUUGAUUCUGGGCUUGGCGACAACAGCAUCCGCAUCUUCCGCGGCGAGCUGCUGCUGUUGCGGGUGCGACGGCCUGAGGCCGUCCUUCUUCUGCAGUCCAAAACACCUCUUCGACGCGGCGCCGUCGAGUGGCCCUCUCGCCCUAUACUCCACCCUCUCCACAGUGAUGCGGGAGGAGGUCGAGAGCUCGCUGGCAGUUCUAGAGAGCAACCAGCAACGACUGAGCAGCGCUGUCGUGCACGAGCUGUACCAUCACCUGAAAAUGUUCACGUUACCGCCUUUGCUCUGGUGCUCCGGCAUCGGCGUCGCUGCCCAGGGAGGACCGGGUAACCGCGCCGUCGGAACCGCCGCCACGCUGUCGUCAGGAGCCUUUCCCCUGCCAUCGUACGUGCUGUGGCGCUAUCCCUUCAUCUUCUCCACAGAAAUGCGCUUGUCGAUUUUCAGGUUUUUUAUUUCGGCGCAGCGCUCGCUGAGUUACGAGGAGGCGAAGCAUCUUCUGCAGAACUACCGUCACCUGCUCGUGCGGCAUGCACCAACAGAAGAGACGCUGGAGGCGACGAGCGGCGCGGCCGGCGACACCGAGAAAACGCUCAACAUUGUGGGACUGCAGUGGCUGUCGGAGGAGGUGGUGCGCCGCCGCCGCGUCACGCUCACGGUGCAGCGGCACAACAUCCUACUCUGCGCGGAGGAGCUGACACGGCUAGCCACUUGCAAUGUCGCCAUCGACGUUGCGUUCGAGGGUGAGGCUGGUAUCGGAAACGGCCCUGCGAUGGAGUUCUACGAGAUGGUGGCUGAGGAGCUUUUGGACCCGAAGCACGGCCUGUGGCGCACCGAGGCGAUCCCGAUCGAUGAAUCGGCGGACUCGUCGUCGUUUGGGGCGGCGCCACCACCGACUCGCAGCGCGAACCCGUCGCCGCGCACUGCCGCUGCCAGUGCACCACAGCGUCGGCGCCCAUGCACGCCGCUGUUUCCUGCUGCGAAACAGACCCCGACCAGCCUUCACUACUGGAAGCUGCUCGGUGUCCUCCUCGGCCGCCUGCUGGUGAUUGGCACGACAUCCUCGCUUAACUUUCAUCCCUUGCUGUUGCGCCGGCUGCGCGGGGAAUCCCUCACGUCGACCGCGGCGGAGGCGUCUCAAAACAUGUCCCAGGUGGAUGCGGCGCUAGAGUUCUCGCUUCAUCGACUGGAAAUGAUGAGCGCUGGUAGUCUGGCAGCGUGCGAGCUUUUCUUCGUCAUCCCAGUCAGCGAGGCUGACGGCUGCGUGCCAGGUCCGGUCGAGGAGGUGCCGCUCAUACCCGGCGGCGCCGAUCGCCAGGUCACGGUGGACAACGUGCGCGAGUACACACACAGCCUGCGUACCUACUACCUGCACACGGUGCCUGACCUUGCCCUGCUCCACUUGCGCCAAGGACUCCAGCUCACUGUGAACCCGCUGUACCUGCAGCUGUUCACUGUCGAUGAGCUGGGGCGACUACUGGGCUCGUCGCUGGACUCUAAGGUAUGGGAAACGCGGGAGCAGUUUGCCCGCAACGUGGAGGCGGCGCACGGGUACCACAUUAAAAGUGAUGUGGUGCAGUACCUGCUCGAUAUCGUGCCCACCUGGAGCGCACAGAUGCAGCAUGCGUUCCUGAAGUUUGUCACCGGUUCCAGCGCUGUGCCGUAUGGCGGGUUAACACAGCGCAUCAAGGUGGUGCGGCGAGAUGUUGACGUGUCUGCCGCGGAUUUGGCCGUCACGCCUACUAUCCACUCCUUCGGUGCCAGCGCUGCGGGGCUUGUCACCAGCUCGAGCUUCACCGGCGGCGGCGUCAACCACGACAACAGUUUGCCAACCGUCAGUACUUGCUUCCUAUACUUGAAGCUACCCCGGUAUAGCAGCAAGGCUGUGCUGCAGGAUCGGCUGCGCUUUGCUGUCUGUGAAGGACAGCGCUUCUUCUCAUUGACGUAG